UCUCUGUGCUACACAUCCAAUAAUAUCAUUAACGUGAAUGUUUUAAUAUUUUUAGUGCAAAAUCUGAUCUGGUCACAGCGCUGAAAAACACCAAAGUGUCCCAGCAUGGAGUCAAAUUCAAAGUCGGAGUUAUUGUUUCAGUCCUCUGCUCUUAGUAAAUGUAAUAAAUUUGACAACAUGGUUGUAAAAUCUUAGAGGAACCUUUUUCACCUUUUUGUCAGGUCACAGCACAAGAAAUUAACUGAUUUAUCAAAAAGUAUUUCUUGCAUCGUCAACAAUGAUGACAUGAAGCAUUUGCUGGAGCCUGAAAUACUGUAAGUAGAACUCCAGAUUAGAUUAAUGUCACAUGAUCAUAUUAAACAGAGACACAUCUAGAAAAACCUCAGGACAGUCUGGUGUUUAGUUUCUCACAGGAAGGAUUUUGUUGGACUGAUAAUCGCUGCAGAGUUUCAGAGGAUGGAAAGUAAGUGGAAAGUGUCGGCUGCUGAGGAUCCAUCUUAGUGUGUUUGUCUGAUCCUGCAGCUCACAGGAAGUUGCUCCACCUACAGCAGCAUAGAUAACCUGUGCAGUGAUAUCUCUGCAGGCAGGAUGUAGAUGUGCUAACGGGAGAAAAUGAAUUCUGUUUUUUCCCAGUGUCUUUUUCUAAAAUCUGCAUUGUUAAUGAUUUUUUUUUUUUAAAUCUUCCACUGAGACAAAAGCAGCCAUAAAUGUAGAUCCUCUAUAUGUUGAUCACGUCUCUGUGUCAGUAUAAGACUUUAGUGCAGCCUCUCUCUCUGGUUCACUGCAGUCUUUGUCUCUGUGUUUCUGUCAGGUGCUCACAUUGUCCAGAAUAUGUACGGCUGUGAAUGGGAUGAAGAAACAGGUGAAGUGAAUGGAUAUGAACAAUACGGCUAUGAUGGAGAGGACUUCAUAAGCUUAGACCUGAAGACAGUGACGUGGGUCGCUCCAAAAAAACAGGCUCUCACCACCAGACAAAAGUGGGACAAUGACAGGGGUUGGAUGGCUCAGGAAAAGAACUACCUCACCCAGAUUUGUCCUGAGUCACUGAAGAAGUAUGUGAACUAUGGGAGGAGCUCUCUGAUGAAAACAGUUCGUCCCUCAGUGUCUCUCCUCCAGAAGUCUUCCUCCUCUCCAGUCACCUGCCACGCUACAGGUUUCUAUCCUAACAGAGCUGAGAUGGUCUGGAAAAGAGAUGGAGUGGAGCUUCAUCAGGGUGUGAACAAAGGAGAGAUUCUCACCAACAAUGACGGGACCUUCCAGAUGAGUGUUGACCUGGAUGUCUCAUCAGUGAAACCUGAAGACUGGGACAGAUACAGAUGUGUGUUUCAGCUCUCUGGUGUGAACGAGGACAUCGUCAUCAGACUGCCGGGUGGAGGAAAUUCCUUCUCCGGACCAGAUAUUAAGCUGAUCAUCCCUGUUGUUGUUGCUGUGGUUGCUGCUGUGGUUGUUCUUGCUGUCAUCGCUGUGAUCGCAUUCAUUAUUUACAAAAAGAGGACAGGUGAGAAACAAACUUCCUGGAUUUUUCUUGUAUAAUGCAAACAACAAUGAUGACAUAGUGCAAACAAUAAUAAUGAUAGUAAGAGUAAUAUGACUUAAUUGAAGUCAUUAUUAACAGUUUUCAAAAGAAAACAAACAAUGCACACAGGAUUAAACAGGUAACAACCAAAAGCAGUGUAAGCUGAGUCCUCAGGUUAAUAUUUAAGUAUUUUAACACUUUCUCUGCCAGCAGGAUGAUCAGACUCUUUUAAAUCCUCAAUAUGUUACAACGAUAUUCAUUAAUCAUGCUUGUUGUGUUACAUAACUUGCCCCUUCAUUUCUCUGCACUUGUAGAUUUUUGUCCAGUUACUUCACUUUUUCUUCUUGUCUGUUAUUUACUUUUUUCUGCAUCGUUUUUCUUUCUGUCUUUGUGUUUUGUUUGUUUUUUGUUUGUUUUUUUGUUUUUUUACACCUGAGCUACAGUUUGGUUGUCCAGGAACAAAAUAACCACCAACUCAGUUAUUGAAACCCAAACAUUAUUUCUCUGUUCUUAACCAUCAACUCUGCCAAACAAACGCAUCCUAAGCUACACCUUUACCUGCAUUAGAAAUGUGUACGUUCUCUACCUUCAGUCACUUUACUUAUAAAUUUAACAUGAGCACAUGUUGUGGGAAAAGUCAGAAUAUAUCUAUAAACACAUUAGUGAGUAAGCCCAGUGUCUAUGUUUUUAAUUUUACACAUUAAAUUAAUGCUUUUGUCCAGAUUACAAAAUGAAAA